AUGACUGCCACAGAUGAACACAAUUACCUUUUGAAUUUACAAGGUUUCUGGUAUAAGGGAGGCAGGAGUUAUAGCACUUUGUCAUGCGUGACAAUGUGUUACAAGCGAUAUACAUACCCGGCGCACCUGGCUGCGGCUGCCCGGCGCCAGGCGGAGCAGCAAGAGCAGCAGGCGCCCAGGGUACUCACCAUGGCCUCCCCGCCCCCUGCGCCGCCCUCUGACGGCGCCCGCACAUACACCCUCACUGACGCCUCGGAGGAGCAGCCGCCCUCGCACCCCGAGAAGGAGGUCCUCGCCCGCCAGCAGAAGGAAGACAGCCCGCGACCAGCGCUCAGCCAGUUGAGUCCCGUAGUUUGUGACCGAGUGCACCCUGUGCCCGCAGGAGGGCUCGGGCGGAAAGGCGCCGCAGGGCGAAGAGGAUCGCUUGUCCACGGGCACCUACAGCGUGCCCCCAGCUUCAGCACCCGCCACCUGCCCCUAACCCCGGCGCCGGCCACCGGUUGCCCCGUCCACGACCCUGCACACGCCCACAGCCACCCUCUCGCCCACGUCCUCAACCACAGCCACACAGCCUCGUCCUCGGGCGGAAGCUCCAGGUCCUCUGCCGCGGACUCCCAGCUCCUCCACUGCGGGAUCUGCACGCGGCGCUACUCCAACCCCAAGGUGUUACCGUGCCUGCACACGUUCUGCGAGCGGUGCCUGAUCAGCUACACGCCGCCGGAGUCCCUGACGCUCACGUGCCCCGUGUGCCGCCAGCAGUCCAUCCUGCCGAAGGACGGGGUGCCGGGGCUGCAGAGCAACACGUGGGUGAGGGGCGUGAUGGAGGCCAUGGACGGCGCCGCCACCGGGCCCUGCUCGAUCUGCCACCAGGCCAACCCCACGGCGCGGUGCCAUCAGUGCCAAGUGGCGUUCUGUGCCGGCUGUGCCCAGGCCCAUGUCCAGGAUUCUGGCAGUGAGAGUCACAGUGUGGUGAGUCUGGCUGACAGUGAAAGCGGCGUGCCAGACACUAAUGGUUUCCAUGACGACAAUACCACACUCUACUGCCCCUCUCAUCAAGGCCAGACACUACGAUUCUAUUGUCGUGACUGCGAGACUGCAGUGUGUAGUAGUUGCACUGACAUAGAACAUCGCACACAUAACACACUCCAUCUCACCGAUGCUGUGGACGAACACAGAGCAGCGAUGCAUCAGCUCAUAGACAGAGUCACUAUGCAGCUGCCAUGUGUGAAGGAAGCAAUCUGUGAUAUUCAAGAUGUUUGCCAUAAUCUGGAGGAACGAAGGGCAGAUGCUGAGAAUGAAAUCCGAAGGUGUUUCAACACCCUCCAUGAAUUGCUUGACAAGAGACAAACUGCACUUAUCAACUUGCUCAACUCCAUUGAAUCAGAGAAACAGCAGACUCUAGGCAAUCAAAGGGAAGAGCUUGAAGCAUGGGUAGGAGGUGUAGAGAGUGGAUGUGAAUUCGUAGAGAAGGCCUUAACGCACUGCCCAGCCAUGGAGGUCGUGCUGGUGAGGAAGCAGCUUGGGGAGCGACUUAUGGACUAUGCUAACAUGAAUGUGCCUCCAGCACCCAGAGAAAAUAGUCAUCUCAAGUUUGUUAUAGGCAACAUAGAUCCUUUGAAGACAGCAUUUUUGCAUGUUGGAAGCAUUCAAAGUAACAGCGCAGUACCUCACCAGACAAGCUGCACUGGAGAAGCCCUUCGACAGGUCAGUGUUGGGCGACAGUCUAUUGUAACAGUGGUAACUAGGGAUCAUAAGGGCGAAAAAGCAGCUUGUGGUGGUGCAGAAGUCACUGCUACAUUGUCUAGGACAAGUUUAGCUGUGCAACGGCAUGGCUCCAACUCCCCUCGUGCCUCUCUCUCUCCGCGUGCCUCGAGUAAAAGCCCCUGUGGUUCAAGGGAGGAAGUGUGCCAACCGCAAGUGCUUGAUUUAAACAAUGGUACAUAUGAAGUAGCAUUCACUGUCCAGUGUGAAGGCACAUACUCACUUGAGGUCUUGCUGUAUGGCCAUCCAGUGAGUGGCAGUCCUUUCACAGUAGCUGCAACAGCUGCCCUAGAAGAGGAUAGUGGGAGUAGCCAGCGUUCAGUGCCUCCACAUACUUUAGCUAGACAGACAUCACAUUCAACACAAGUAACGUCACGCACCUCCAGAACUUCUCGCCGACCCCUCUCUCACCGGUCCUCUUGUUCACGAAGGACAAACCCCAUUGAAGAUGAUAUGCUGCUCAGAGUAGGAAGGAGGGGAAGAAAUAGAGGAGAAUUUGUUAAUCCACAGGGUAUCACAUACAAUUCUAUCAAAGAUGGUCGCAUUGCUGUUGCUGACUCAAAUAACCAGUGCAUUCAGGUGUUUACCUUAAGUGGAGAAUGCAAAUUAAGGUUUGGAGUCCGGGGUAGAAGCACGGGUCAGCUGCAGAGACCAACAGGAGUAGCAGCUUUACCAAAUGGCAAUUAUGUUGUGGCAGAUUAUGAAAACAAGUGGGUUUCAAUAUUUGAACCUUCUGGAAAAUAUGUCAGCCGUAUUGGUAAUGGGAAGCUUCUUGGGCCAAAGGGGGUCUGCGUUGACAACAAUGGACACAUUAUCGUUGUAGACAACAAGGCAUCAUGUGUCUGUGUGUUCCAGCAGUCUGGUAAAUUACUCACCAAGUUUGGAAACCGUGGAACUGAUGAGUUUCAGUUUGCUGGACCACACUUUGCAGCAGUUAAUAGCAAGGGACAGAUUGUGAUUACAGAUUUCCACAAUCAUUGUGUUAAGGUAUUUGACAGUGAUGGUGACUUUUUAUUCACCUUUGGGACCAGUGGUGAAGGCAAUGGGCAGUUCAAUGCUCCAACUGGCAUUGCUGUAGAUUCCAAUGAUAAUAUCAUUGUAGCUGACUGGGGAAAUUCAAGGAUUCAGGUGUUUGAUUCCCAAGGUUCGUUUCUGUCCUAUGUAAACACACUGGCUGACCCACUCUACGGUCCUCAAGGAAUGACCCUCACUCCAGAUGGCCAUAUCUUUGUGGCCGAUUCUGGAAACCACUGCUUCAAAGUAUACAAGUAUCUCCAGUAAACACAGAUCUUUUAUAAUAAGGGUGAUCACUUCAUUCCUGAGUUGUUUAGAGUGUUACUGUUGUGAAUCCUGUGAAUAAGUUUGAAUGCUAAUUUUUUCAGUUUUUGUGAUAGUUUGACUUUUUUUUUUUUUUUUUUUUUUUUUUUUUUUUUUUUUUUUGAGUAAUAUCUGAGAUUUAAUUCCAAGCAGAAAACACAUAUACAGUCAAAAUAAAGAAUAAAUAUGGGCAAAGGGAACUGAAUCAAAUAUAAAUGAUCAUAAGUAGAUUCAACAUUCCUUAUAUUAUUUUUGUAUUGUUGCCUUAGGGUUUAAUACAUGAAGAGCACUAGAAAAUAAUAUCACUAACCCAUCACUGUGUAUAGGUUAAAGAUGGACCAUUUCUUUCUUCAUAUAUUGUGCAUCUUGAUUCAAAGUAUCACAUCCUUCAGUACAUAUGAUUACUGUUUUGUAUGGUUCCUUUUCAAGAUAACUUAGUUUUCAGUAGAAUUUGUGGGGUGAUCAGCACAAGAUCUUCAUAUUUCCAAAAAAGGCUGUGGUGCUAAAGUUCCAGAAGCUUCUGGAUUGAUGAACUUUAUAAUACACAAACCUUAUUGUUAGGUAAUCAUAGACUAUGUAAUGCUUAUUUCAUGUCCCGAGUUGUAAAAGAUAUUAAGUCGGCUUCCACUACUGAAUACAUGGUAUGUUUAACAGUUAACUGGACAAGUCUUUCAUGUAAUAAAUCUACAAUACACAUCACAGUGGAGCUAUGAAUAGGGGUAUGCAGAAGAAUCAUCCAAGCAGACCUGUGUACUGAAAUCAUGAAAUUAGAAUAUUUGACAAUUAUUGAAUUCCUUUUUUAUAUAUCUAGUAAUUAUCAGUAAGAUAUCAACACCCUGAUUCAUAUAUUCAAGGGCCAACACCCUAUUUACAUCUUUUGAUAAAGACUGUAACAAAUAUUUUUAUUAAUAAGAGGAGGGAUAUGUUAUUUCUGAUAUAAUGAGCAAAAUUUAUUUUUUAACAAUAUAUAACUUAAAGAUAUUUUACAGCAAUUAUUCUCGUUUUAAACAUCUGGCUACUUGCAAGAGAUACAUGCAAUUAUCUAUCUUCAUUUUACUGUUUGAUAAGUGUUCUCUAAUAUAAACUUUGUUGGCUUUUUAUCAUGUAAGGUAAAUAUAACCUAAAAGUGUGUUUCAAUUGUCAAAUUAUGAAUGCUAAUGUAAUAAGCUUCAUUAACAGUCAUUGUAUGACCAUUUCAGUAUAAGAGGAAAUGACCAUAAUUCUGACUAUGACGUCCCCAGGAAGACAACUUGUAUAAUAGUAGUUGCUUUGUGUGAUCUCUGUAAGUCUGCAAGCUAGACUAAGAUGUGUAUGAAUACUAGUCUGAUAUGUAUAGAUUUGUAUAUAUAAUGUCAUUAUGAUACACGUUUAUUAGAAAACAUUUACAGCUUAUAUGUUUAUUCAUAACAUUAUAUAAUGCAGUUUAUUUGCUUUCAAAAAUCUGUGUUGCCAAGAAUCACAAUAAAGUUUUGCUGGAGGAA